CCGGGCACAGGCGGGGAGGAGCCCCCCGCCCCGGCCGGUAGCGCGCAUGCACACAGCGGCGGCAGUGGCCCCUGAGCCCCGGUGGUGUGGGGCUUGCUGCGUGCCAUGGCAGCGGGGUUGGAGCUCGGCUCUCUCCUCUUCGCCCUUGUCGCCUCUUUCGGUGGCCACCAGCCCGCUGGGGCCGCUGGAGGAGCCAGCGGCAGGAGGGGGGCAGCAGCCGAAGCCUGCGGAGGGAGGGGGCUGUCAUCAGUCACCAGGAACAAUGGACUGCUCAAUAUCACCUUUAAAUAUGACAACUGCACACCUUACCUGAAUUCAGUGGGAAAGCACGUGAUUGGAGAUGUGCAGAAUAUAACUAUCAGUCAGUAUGCGUGUUAUGAACAGGUUGCAGUGAUGAUACUUUGGACAGCAAAUGCCAUUGGGAUUGAAUACCUGAAAGGAUUUCGAGUAAUACUUGAGGAGUUAAAAUCAGAGGGAAGACAAUGCCAGCAGAUGGUUUUAAAGGAUCCAAAGCAGCUCAGCCCCAGUUUUAAACGAACAGGAAUGGAAUCCCAGCCCUUUCUAAAUCUCAAGUUUGAAACAGAUUACUUUGUAAAAAUUGUUCCUUUUCCUUCCAUUAAAAACGAGAGUAAUUAUCACCCAUUUUUCUUCCGAACUAGACCAUGUGAAUUGUUGCUACAGCCAGAAAACCUUGUCUGCAAACCUUACUGGAAGCCAAGGAAUCUAAAUGUUACACAGCAGGGUUUUAACAUGCAAGUGUCCUUUGAUCACGCACCUCACAACUUUGGGUUUAGAUAUUACUUUCUUCACUACAAACUGAAGCAUGAAGGGCCAUUUAAGCAAAAGACCUGCAAACAGGAGCAAAACACAGAUACCACAAGUUGUAUUCUUCAGAACGUGUCUCCAGGGGAUUAUAUAAUUGAGCUGGUUGAUGACACUAACACAACAAGGAAAACAAUGCACUAUGCACUAAAACCAGUACAUUCUCCCUGGGCUGGACCAAUAAGAGCCAUUGCCAUCACAGUCCCUUUAGUUGUCAUUUCGGCAUUUGCAACACUGUUCACAGUGAUGUGCCGCAAGAAACAGCAAGAAAACAUAUAUUCCCAUCUAGAUGAGGAGAGCUCAGAAUCUUCAGCAUAUGCUGCAGGUCUCCAUGUGGAAAGACUCCGUCCCCGGCCAAAAGUGUUCAUCUGCUAUUCCAAUAAAGAUUGCCAGAAACACGUUAAUGUCAUCCAAUGCUUUGCUUAUUUUCUUCAGGACUUCUGUGGCUGUGAGGUGGCUGUAGAUUUGUGGGAAGAUCUAAAAAUUUGUAAAGAAAGACAGAAAGAGUGGCUUAUUAAAAAAAUAAAUGAGUCCCAGUUUAUCAUCAUUGUGUGUUCCAAGGGAAUGAAAUACUUUGUUGAAAAAAAGAACUGGAAACACAGAGGGAUAACCAAAGAUGCCGGAAAAGGAGAACUCUUUCUCUUUGCUGUGUGGACUGUUGCAGAGAAGCUUCGUCAGGCAAAGCAGAAUUCAAAUGAUCUCUGCAAGUUCAUCGCAGUCUACUUCGAUUACUCCUGUGAAGGAGACAUCCCUGGUAUUCUGGAUCUAAGUACGAAAUACAAACUCAUGGACAAUCUGCCUCAGCUGUAUUCACAUUUACACUCCAGAGAUCUUGGUGUACAGGAUUCAGAGGUGUUCCCUGUUAACAUCAGCAAAAGGAAUUAUUUCAGGAGCAAAUCUGGGAGGUCCCUUUAUGUUGCCAUUUGCAAUAUGCAUCAGUUCAUCGAUCAGGAACCAGACUGGUUUGAGAAACAAUUUAUUCCCUUCCCUCCACCUUCUUUACAUUACUCAGAGCCUGUCAUGGAAAAAUUUGAUUCGGGCUUGGUUUUAAAUGACUUAGUGAAUAAACAGGAUGGUGAUUUUUACCUGAAAACAGAUAUAAAUGUUAUUUCAGCUGGGAAUUCAGACACUCACUGUAUAAUUCAGCACUUAAACCUUGGAGAAGACAUAGAAACUCAGGACAUUCAAGGUGGUGGCAACUCUGUUCUUCAGCCAUUAUUACAUGUUGUUAAAGCUUCAAAUCUUAAAGAUAUGCCUCGAGAUUCUGGAAUCUAUGAUUCAUCCGUUCCUUCAUCUGAAUUAUCUCUACCUUUAAUGGAAGGACUAUUGACAGACCAAACUGAAACAUCUUCCAUUACAGGGAGUGUUUCUUCAUCAUCAGGUUUAGGGGAAGAAGAACCUCCUGUAAUCACUGCUACAAAAUUCUUAGUGCCUGAAAUAUGUAAAGCAGAACUUCAUUGCCACAUCCACACUGAUGAACUGCAGGCAAUUGCUCCCUUAUAAUACACUACAGCAUUAUUAUGCAUUGCCACUUUAGCAACAGCCUCUGUUUGUGCUUUAACUACCACACUGUCUCAGCACUAAAUCUACUUGAAGGAACAAAUACUCCCUGAAGACGAUCCGUUAUUCCUACAAGAUCUUUUUAUGGCCAGUAAACUUGAAUCUGUUUGUCUUUAUAUAAAAGUCUUUCAUGAUUUGAAAAAUGCACCAUGGAAAAAUAGAUGAGAACACAUUUAAAAAUUAUUCCUACUACUAA